AUGGCAUUCGAUGCUAACGUGGACGAAAAGGUAGUCAACACUCUUGUGGGCAAGGUCAGGAAGCUGGUGUCGUGGUGGAUGAUGCGAGCUAAUCUUGUCUUGCAAGUUGGUGGGCGAGACGACGACGUAGAAGCAGAUGAAGUUAGCUUCAGAAACACGGUCUUGACUGAUGAGGCUAAGUUCGUGGGCGUCGUUCGGCGCGGAAGCUCAUUGUACUACUGGGGUGAGUUGGACACUCGCUACACUACUGCGAAGCAAGGUGGUGGCGGCAAGCUUGGAACGGAGGAGUGGCAGCAUCACAUGCUGCGUCGUGGUGACAAGUAUGGCUACAGAACACGUCCUCUCAUAGCGUAUGGGUCCAUCGUGCACACAGACACCGCCAACACCUACAUGCAGAUGCACCGCCUUGGCAAGAACCCUGUCUACCAACAUUUGGGUCUGUGGGUGACGCAGGUUCGGCAUUCUCGAAAGAAAAAUGCAGAGGGCAAGAUGCAGCCAGUUCAAUUCGUGGUGCGCAAGAAAGUUCAGCUCAUUGACGGUCAGUGGGUCUGGCGCAAGGGAGGAACGCAGAAAAAGGACGGCUUCUGGGCGCUUGUUCGCAGGCACAUCAGCCGACGGGCUGUCCCUUCUGCAAAUCUGCCCGUGCUUCGUGAGAUGGCUUACAUGUAUCAGUGGCUCUAUUGGCAGUCCAGCGACCCAAUCGCAGAUGCCCAAGCUGGCAGACACGCAAGCCCGAGGCCAAAGGACAUGUUGCUCGAGCUUGGACAGCUUCGCAAGAGGCUGAGAGAUGUGGUGGGAUGGCAGAAGUUGAACAGCUUUGCCCUGUGGCAUGACCACAUCGACGAAGAGGGCUUGUCUCUCCUGCCGAAGGUACGUCUGCGGCAGCGUAGCAAGGGAUCAGACGCCGAGUGA